GGAAGUUGCAGAGGUGACAUUAUCACCGCAGGACAAAUAUGAGAAUGGCAUUUUGUUAACAGUGUAAUGACUGAGAAUAUAUCUUAAAUCAAACUAAGACCUGUGUAUGUUGCAUUUUAGACAUGGCCUCUUGGUCGUGUAGGCUUUUUAGGCUUAAGGAUCCGUUUCUUCGUGGAACGCAUGUGCUUGUCAACGGAACAGCCGCUCCAACUUCAACUGAAAGUGUCGGAGUCCCUGCUGUUCAGUAUGUGCGGACGAUUACAAAUAGGACGUGGUUCGAUGAGCAUCUCACGGAGGACAAUGCCAAGUUCAUGCGACAAGUCGUAUACGAGGAUUUCAAACAGAUGACGGCGGACAAACUUAAUCCUCUGAAAGACGAGCCUUGGCCUCGCCACGAAUGGCAGGAAGGUAGCCGAAGGAUAGGAUUGGUCGCUCUUAAGUUGGGAAUGAUGCCAAUAUGGACAAAGUCGGGUGACCGGCAUGUUGUGACCCUACUUCAGGUGAAGGAUUGCCAUGUGAUUAAACAUAUACCCAAAGAGGAGUAUGAUGGAACAUGCCCGGCCCUGUUGGUCGGAGGGCAGAACAACUCGCCAUUUCAGAGAGCAGAAGUAUCCUUGGAGAUGUUCCGGAAUGCUGGAGUUCCUCCCAAACAGAAAGUGUCAACAUUCCGAGUCACAGAGAAUGCAAUCAUCAAACCAGGCACUCCUCUCUAUGCAGCCCACUUUCGACCUGGGCAGUAUGUAGACGUCACAGCUAAAACGAUUGGAAAGGGCUUCCAGGGUGUGAUGAAACGCUGGGGGUUCGGAGGUCAGCCUGCUACCCACGGCCAGACCAAAACACACCGGAGACCUGGAUCUCUGGGCCCAGGAGGGGAUCCAGCUAAAGUCUGGAAAGGAAAGAAGAUGCCAGGGCAGAUGGGGAAUAGAUUUGAUACAGCCUUUGGUUUAAAGGUGUGGAGAGUAAACACCAAAUAUGACGUAUUGUAUGUCCACGGUUCCGUCCCUGGGCACAGGAACUGCUUAGUGAAGGUGCGGGACACCAGAUUACCCAAGUGGGCGGGCCAGACUAAGACCCUUCCGUUCCCCACGUACUUCAGAGACGGAGAGGAGGAGCUCGACGACGACCUUUACGACGACGACAUGCACCAGUACGAAGAGGAAGAAGUCCCUCUGACAACAACCUGAACACACACACACACACACCUUCACAUACACACAGUUGGUUGUAAAGGUGCAGAGAUGCUACUGCAGUUAAUAAAACAUUAUUUGAUAAUGA